AUGGCAUUCGGCGAGCGGGUCUUGAAGUUAGACCAUGUGUGUCGCCGCAUGCGUCCGAUGUUCACCGCCGCAGACGGAAUGUCUCAACAUCCGCCCUGCCUGAAUUACUUCCGGAUUCUUCAACAUCGUCUGCUCACCGGAAGUCACAUCAUUUAA